AACGAGGCCCUUCAAAUCUUCCAUCCAUGCCAUAGCAAAUUCAGCUCAAAAUUCAGAGUUCCCCAUUCUUCUCUCCUCCAUGAAAUAGUUGAUGAAAAACUCACAAAAAGCUUCAAAAGCUUCGUAAUCGGCGCGAAAAUGGUGUUUCGGACAGCAAUUAGGUUGAUGACAUCCAAGAAACCAAAGCCAAAGAUGAAACCCAUUGAGCUCAAGGGUCAACAACCUGAGCAAACUCAAACUAUUACUCGCGCCAUCUUCGACAUUCUCAAAGAGCAAGGACCUCUCACCAUUGCUCAAACCUGGGAACGACUCCAGGAAGUUGGUUUAAAGGACCUAACAAGCAAAACUCAGAUGAAAACAGUUAUGAAAUGGAUGAAAGAGAGACAAAAACUUAAAAUGAUCUGUAACCAUGUUGGGUCUCAUAAGCAAUUUCUGUAUACCACCUGGUUCACAAAGGAAAAUAUCAAGCCUGCGAAACCUGGAAGUUACGAUUCAAAGGAGUAAGAUGGGCAAAGUCAAGUUAUUCGAGAACUGGGUCAACCUUUGGAAACCUACUUGUGUCAAGCUUGAAGCGAGGCUUGGCGCUUGCUUUACUGAUAUGAACUGGCUGUGGCUUUAAUAUGUGCUCUUUCCUGCCGAAGCUAAUCCUGUUAGCCUGUUAUAAACUGCAUUCCGCUGUACAGCCUAUACCAAGACCAAUGGUUUAUUUUUAAGAUAAUAAGGGCAAUAAGGCUACUACUCUGAGCUAGCUGUCUACUCUGCUGCCUUUGAUCAAAGAAAAAGAUGGAUGCAAUUUCUGUUUGUAGUCCCAAAAGACGCGUUUGGUCCAUCCUUAGGUAUGACUGUAUGAGGUAUGGGGUUAGGUAUCAAACUAUCAAACCUAUGGGUUUGGGAUGACUCAUACCUAGAAACCCAACCUUAAUUCACGUGUUUGGUUGUAUACAAUCCAAAGUCAAUUUCAUUAAUUUGACUAGCAAAAUAUAAAUAAUAUAAAUAAUCUCUCUCCUCCUCA